UCUCGGCAUUAAGGCCCUGUCCACGACCCGCGCGAUGUUUGAUUUGUUCGACGACGGGCGAGGGGGAAUCCUUCACAUCCAAGAUUUGGCUGCAGGGCUGACAGUGCUGUGCGAUGCGAGUAUGGCACAAUUUGUUCAGUGCGCUUGCCGACUGUACAGAGGGCCUGAUGGUGAUUCCGGGUUCGACGACGUUUUUGGACUCACCCUUUCAAUUCUCAAGGUUCUCCACGCCUCUGGCACCGCAGACUGGCCUUGGCCAGGGAUGCUACCGCAGGAGGUCUCCGCGGUUGUUUCAUCGGAGUUCUUCCUUCGUAAGGGUUUACCACUGAGUGGACGCGUUACGAUCGACUGGUCUGCCGUUGCUAUCCUGGAAGAAACCGAAAGGAGCAGUGAAACGGCAGACGGCGGGUGUUGGGGACACUUACUGCAAGGUCUUCGGAAGUACGACGUCACGGUUGUUCUCGGAUUGUUGUCGGCGUUCGUGGACCAGAGCGGCGGAAUUUCUCGACCGGCUUUUGUUGGAUGCAUGCGAGCUUUGUUUGAGGAGGACGGGCGCUGCGUUCUUUCCGCCGCGGAAACGAUGGAGCUCAAGAUAAGUCUAACGCGACUGUACCAAGUUUUAGACGGCGAUCGAAUGGGGACCGUGGCGCCCAGAGAUCUGGCCAGCGGUAUCAGUUUAUUCUGUGGAAACAUCAACAAUGCAAGUGUACGGGCGAUGUUCGAAGUAUACGGGACUGUGGAGGGCUCCAUCGCACGAGACUGCAUGCGGAAGUUUCUACAGGCGGUUUUCAAGGUAUUGUUUCACGUGGACCCAGGAGCGCGUGUUCUUGCGGGGAACGACCCAAGGGGAGAGCGCGUGGAUCCUGCAUAUUUAGCUGAAACGGCCACUGCUCACGCGUUUGAGGAUGCGGUUUUAAACCCAGAUGGGACGCUGGGCAGCGAAAAAUUCCACCACUGGUACUCGAGAUUCGUCGGGGCACCAGUAACUUCGGCCAUGGGCGUGAGGGAAUUACGUUCCAUGAAGGGGGCCAAAUCACUUCACAACGGCGCAGUUGCAUGCUGCGUGAGGGUUUCGUUGAUUCCUUUCCUCCGCUACUGCUGUGGCCUGGCGAGUUCCCGACCUCUCAUGGAAGAAUCUCGCACAGCAGCAGCGACGGAAAGGAGAGACUUGGACGUGAAUGAUGAGGGAAUAGAGCGGAACGUCGGCGGCCUUCAUGCACAGCUCCAUUCGAAAGCGCAUCCGAGCACGAGCACUGCGGCGAACUCGGAUGAGGCUUCCUGGACGGAACCGGAUGAGUUGCGGGGAGGGCUGGAAAAACUUGCUGAAGGCUCGGCCAAUGGCUCGUCCUCCAAGGAGAACACAGGGGGAGAAGGUCGCCCGUGCAAGGGAAUUCUUGAUGAGGUCGAAUCCCCUCUUUCGGAGAGUUUGGAGCAAGCGCGGCGAGUCACGCGGUUGUGCAAUACCUCAGUUGCGCAGGUUGUUGCAGUUUUACAAGACUUCGUGAAUGAGGGAGGACGCUUAGCAAGACAAUCGGUUCAUCAAUGCAUUCGCCGUCUGCGCACGGCGAUCGAAAACGAGAGUCGAGUUAGGGAGACCGUCGGGGAGUACGAAGAAAAUGCUCGCGACCAAAGCUACAGCUCAUCGGCAGCACGUCAUGUCAUCAAUCGCCUCUUCGAUGCUGUUGAUGUACAUAACGCGGGGGACGUCAAUUUCUGCGAGUUUGCAAGUGCUCUGUCGAUUUUGUGCGGAGAUACACGACAAGAGAAGAUGCGAGCGAUAUUCAAUCUGUUCCUGGGCGGUGAAGAAUGCGGGAUUACCGCACGAGAUAUUGCAACAUACACCACGUCCGCGUUUCGCGCCAUGUACAAGCUACAGCCAAGUCUCGAGGAAGAGGUGGGGAUCGCUCCAGAGGCAUUGGGUAUCUUGACGGCAUCGAAUAUGAUGGAGGAAGCAUUGCGGAAUGGCGAUGGUCGAAUAUCUCCAAGGGCUUUCAGCGGGUGGCUGUCCGAUGACGGCGACCCACACGGUGCAGAAGGGUUUGCGCGUGAUGCUGAGCCACUGGAACCACCAGGCAUUGGAAAGGCGGGCGAAGAUGAUGCGCGGCCGGAUGAGGAUGUUGCACUUCGGGGUGAUAGGGAAGUAGGGCACGCAGACGGUGAAGGCUUGUCGGGGAAGCAGCAUGUUGUAAUGCGCGCGAGAAAGUUACUCUGCCUGGACUGCUUCAACGUGACGGAACUCAUGGAAAUAGUGGCGGAAGUGACCGUGACGGGCACUGUGGCUUUGGACGACAUGUGGCGCUGUAUCGGCUACCUCUUGCAGCUGGGAGGGACUAAUGAGGGCACGGUCGAAUGGGACGACGCCUUCUUUCUCACACAGCGCAUUCACCGCGCCUUCCAAGACAACGACGGAAUUGUGGGCUUUGCUGCCUUAACUUGCGGCAUAUCGACACUAUGCCAGUUGUCCGUGGAAGACAAGAUACUGGUGGCGUUCACAUUGUUCGAUACAGACGGAGACGGCCAGUUAACCUUCGAAGAACUUUCCACAUGUAUCGCGAGCGUGUUGAGAGUGGUCUGUGCUGUCGGGCAGGAUGUGAAAGGUAUUGCCAAUCCAGACCGGCUCGGAGCGGCGCUUGCUACUCAGUGUUUCAGACAAGCAACGGUUUCUAUCGAUGAAAAGCUCGGAAUCGAUGAUUUUCGGCUCUUCCUGGGUGGAUCGCCAAGAAUAUCUAUCGAUGCGCGCCGGUCGGGGGGGCUAGGUUAGUCUUGGCAGGUGCCCCCUCUCGUGGUAUUGAUACAUCUCCGAGGAGCUGAAUGGCAAGGAGUCUGUCGCCACCAGUACUAGAAUAAUGUGCUGGCAAUACUGUUGAGAGAAGAUUUCUUGGACUAUGGAGCGGUCUCAGAGAGGAAGACUUGCAAGGCUGGAAUAUGUAAACUUUCCAAUCGCUAAUGUUUGUCACAAGCUUUGAAAUGGGCGAAGACUUUCCCGAGACUGAGGUGCCUUCGCUUGCAUUUCGUUUCUCGAUCGUGCGAGGUUGUAAGUACCCGCAGUGUGCGUUGUCGACAUCGCCAUUUUUUCAGACUUGGUGUCGGGUUGUGGCAGUGUCGCCUGCCUUUGAUUGGUGUUGGAGAGGCGUGGAUCGCCUCCCUACUGUGCUACGAACGAAUCAAGGAGGAAGCACCAGAGAGCAGCACCCGGCGAAAUGCAUAUCGUGCGGUGAAAAGUUGUUGUACUGUAAGGGCAGAGUAUAGGUACGAGGCGCUACCGUCCUUUGUUCGGUGUGUUUCUACACGGCAAGCGGACGUUGUCCUCGGCACGCCCAUGGGCAUUGAGCAACGAAUCCUGUGAAAUUAUAGUUCCGACCACCAAGGAGUCGAUACUAUUAUCAUGUAUAACACGCUG